CAGCGGGCGGGCGUUAUGGCUCAGGCCAGGAUCAGCGCAAAGGCGAGCGAGCAGCAGCAGCAGCAGCAGCAACAGCAGCAACAGCAGCAGCAGCAGCAGGCGGCGGGCGGGCAGCUCCGAGGGCGCUUCUACCGCUCUACCUCCAUGGCGGACCGCUCCAGCCGCCUGCUCGAGAACCUCGACCAGCUGGAGCUCAGGGUAGAGGCUUUCCGUGAUGCAGCAUCUGCUAUGGAACAAGAGAAAGAAAUCCUGCUAGAAAUGAUCCACAAUAUCCAGAACAGCCAGGAUAUGAGACACAUCAGUGAAGGUGAGAGAGAAGAACUUAAUUUGACUGCCAAUCGCCUGAUGGGUCGAACUCUCACUGUGGAGGUUUCUGUAGAAACCAUCCGAAACGCCCAGCAGCAGGAAUCUCUACUCCACGCCACGAAGAUGAUCGAUGAAAUUGUCAAUAAACUUCUAGAUGAUUUGGAAGAUGCCAAAAUCCGCUUAAUGUCGCUUUAUGGUGCGUGCACAUCUGAUGUGCCAGCAGGACCCAUCGAUCAGAAAUUUCAGUCUGUGGUCAUUGGAUGUGCCAUCGAGGAUCAGAAGAAAAUCAAAAGGCGUCUAGAGACUCUGCUCAGAAACUUAGAAAAUUCUGAAAAGUCCAUCACAUUGUUGGAGCACCAGAAGUCGACUGUUCGACAGUCUUGCAACAGCAAACAGGAUUAAACUCUCCUCCUGGCUACUUCUGGCAAAUCACAGGAUGAGCAAAUCUCCGUAAAAAGCACACAGAAGCUAAGGAAAAAAAAAAAUCUCUGUACAAACACGCACGUAGAUACGCAUGCACACGCACCAAAGUAUCUUUGAUUGCGAGGUGCGAGCAUUUAAUGGGUUUCGGUAGCACUGGCAUUUUCUUUUGGCAAUAAAGAAUGCUAUCAGGGGUUGUCCUGUAGAAUCAAUACCACUCUGUUGCACACUGUAAUUGUGCUUCUGGUGAACUGUCAGAAGCCAUCAGAAUCCAGCCUCUCCUCUGCUCUCCUUGGUUGUUUUUUUUUUAAACUAAAGUUGUUCUGUCCUGUAGUGAGGUUUCAGCUUUUCUCUGCUGUACACAUAGUGUGUGAGCCAGACUUUUGGGAAGAAAGACAAACCUUGGCAAUAAAUCCAAAACAUUAAUAAACUGUAUAUGGUAUUUUCAUAAACAACACACUGUCCUAUUUAUUGCCAGUUAUAAUGUGAAUAAUUUGGCACUAAUCUUAAGUAGAUUGCAAAACAGACAGAUACCUCCAGUUUGUAACUGAGCAAGUGGAAAGCAACACAUCCAUCCAAAGGUCACAACCAAGGCUGGAAAUGACCUCCAGCUCUAAUGAUACACCAUUCCAAGCCCACCAGGUGAACCCUACUGCCCCCCACCACACCAUUCCACAAUUGCCUGGUGAACCCUCCUGCCACCUGGCUGUGUUUUGAGGUUGCUGUUUAUUUUUCUGUAAAAGAUAUAUAAAGGCUACGGGCAUUUUUCAGCUGCUAUACUGCAAAUUGAUUCUGCAUUAUUGUCUGUGACUUAACAGAGCAAAAUGGUCGAAUGCUCAGCUAGCAGGUACCUUGUUUGUUUCUUGUGUAGGACAAUACUAAAACUCUUACAUUUAACGUUACUUACUGUUUGGGGGAAGGGUUUGCUUUGGUUUUUCCUUCUUCUUCCCCUCCCUAAUUUCUGCUCAUUAUCGCUACUCUAAUUCACCAGCUGUGGGUCAAGAGCGGCAGGUUUGAGGGUGAGCAUGGAAUUUUGCCCCCCUCCAUCACCUGUCAGUCUCACAGUAUCUCCCUCUGGGCUACUGCUCAGAGACAGGAGCUUGGCUCAGCUGUGAGCAUGGCACGAAGAAGCUGAAAUGACACCGCAGAUUCCUCGGUGGCAGAGCCCUGCCUUGAGCAUUGCAGUCCGAGCGUCACACCUGGAUGCUCAAGGAGCACCAGUCCAAGGUGGGAGCUUCUAGUGUCGGGCUCCUCCCACACAAGCGAAGCUCUGGAGCUCCAUGGCUUUAAACACCUUCUGUAUGCAAGCACACAGGAGCGGGAACUGGCACUUCUCAGAAACCUCAGCAAUUAUGAGAUUAACGACGCUGCAUUUGAUCUGCAGAAAUGGCACUUCAGGCACAUGCUUCCAAACCAAACUUUCAGCUUUGAGAUUGUGAAAGUUUCCAAAAACCUGGUAAGAUUAAUUCUAUAAUUCCACUUUAAAAAUAACUGGUUUAUUUUCAUGUGCUUUAGAUCCUUGCGAAUUCUAGCAGAGGUAAAGUUUCCAGCUAUUUAACAGCAUUAAACCCUGUAAUAGUAAUAUACAGCACAGGUUGUUCUCAGAAAUCAUGCUGUGAAAGAGUUAAGUUGAACACAGCCUACUGAUGCUUAGAAUAUUCCUUCAGUGUUUGGUUCAUAGAAACAGAAUGGUUUGGGUUGGAAGUGACCUUCAAGCCCAUCCAGUUCCACAGCCCCUGCCGUGGGCAGGGACAUACCACUAGAUCAGGUUGCUCCAAGCCACAUCCAACCUGGCGCUGAAUACCUCCAGGGAUGGGGCAGUCACAGCUUCCCUGGGCAACCCGUGCCAGUGCUUCAAUACCCUCACAGUAAAAAGUUCCUAAUAUUUAAUCCAAAUCUCCCCUCUUCCAGCUUAAAACCGUUAGCCCUUGUUCUGUCCCUGCAUUUCCUGAUCAAGAGCCCCGUCUCCAGCUUUCCUUUAGCCCCUGCAGUUCUGGAAGCUGCUCUAAGGUCUCCCCAGAGCCUUCUCAUCUCCAGGCUGAACAACCCCAGCUCUCUCAGCGUGUUUUUUUAAGGCUGUUAUAAGGUUAUCGAGGCCAAGAGUGUUAAGGUAAUGUGUUUUGUUUUUUUUUUUCUUUUUUAGAUCCUCUUCAUUGUACCGAUAGCUAAAAGUAUUUCUAUGGCACUUGUACAAGUGUUUUUGUUCUCAAGUACAAAACCAAAGUGACACAAUCUGCACACGUACAGACGAGUUAAUAGUGUGACUUAUUUUGACUUAAGUUACCCGUGUAUUUUAAAAAUUCAUUAGGCUUCCCCUUCCGUAAGUCCUGGCCCAUCUGCACUACAGCCCUCCUUCCCCUCUCCUCUGCUUUGAGAUUACGUACUGAGAUGCCACAUCCCUUGAAGAUCUCAUAGAUUUGAACAAUCUAAUUUCAAAACCAGUGAUCCUAUCCUUCAGGUUUCUUUUCCAUGGUCGUACCUGUACGACACAGCAAAGACACCUUAGGUUUUUCCUGUGUCUCAUACUGGCUCUCAUCCUAAACACACAUCAGUGUUACCACAACUCAGAUCGCCACACAGAGGUGGCAUCAAACCCAUAACAGAUCAACAGAUGAACAGAAUAAGGUUUUUCACUUUUUUUCGAGUGCUAUCAGUUGUCAAAAAUGAAAUCACAGCAGACCUAAAACAGCUGGGACAAAGGAGGCAUGAGGAAAACCAGUCAGCUUUUGGUCCCAAUAUCUCCUGAGCAAUAAACCAGGCUGUGCUCCCCCGCUCAAUGUAAGCCAGGCUUGGAAAUGGGAUAUUUGCAACCAAUGAACAUUUUCUCAGAGGCACUGGGAAGUCCCCAGGUGCUUACAGUGGUCAUCUCCGGGAUGGUAAAAGCCAUAUUAAAUGGCCACUCCAGCCUCUCAAGGCUGAAUGUGAUACAGCUGCACAGCACAUAGAGAACCUCAUCUGAACAGCGUCAAAGCUUCAGCUUUCUCAAGGUCUUAAUUUCAUUGUAGUUAAGCACCUUCCUAACCAAAAAACAUGUGACCAUAAAAAUGUGAGUUUUCUUGCAUUUCAGGAUGUUUUCUUGCCUAAAACAUUGCUAAUUAAUCCUUAUUAGAGGUGUUGAGCAAGCAAAUUGUUGUCUGCAUGCAAAAUUGCAUGCAAGAGGAAGCACGAGUAUAUUACUUCCCACAUUCCUGAGAUACCAGGCUAAAAAGGCAGACCCAGAUGCUGCAAGCUGUUUUACUAGGGGGGUAAAAAAAGGCCAGGAAGGGAGUAGUUACCUGUUUCUUUCCAGGAAAUGCAUCAGAGAUCUUUGCUAUAUUAUUAGUAAUAUUUUAAUGCCAUUUGCAAUGUUUACAAACAUCCACUUAAGCCUUGUCACUGUAUUAGCCAGACCAGUCAUGAAAAGGAAAGGGACCAGAAAGAGCAGAAUAGAGUCCAUUUUAUAUUUGACUGAAUGAGAAACCGGAGGCAAGCGCUCAUAAACAACAUUUCUGUUAGAUUGGGGAUGCCCACAGUUGCUCCUCUGAGGGAAUUCAAUGCGUGCCCCCUUGGACUCCAGCUGUUCACAACAUCUGGGCUAGAACUGGGCACCUGGGUUUCUUGAGCAGAUCCAGGCUGCACAGCUACAGGGUUAGAGCAAUUGUUUUGUAAAAACUUAAUACACUGACAUUUUAAUACAACCACAAAAGUAGUGACCUGUAUUAGACCAAACAGGAAUCAAACUGAUGUGUUUAAAUUGUAUAAUACAACUAACCCGUAGAGAUAUCACAGGAAUGGCAUACACGGAAUACUCAGUUUUAAACAUUUAUUUUUCCACACAAGGAUU